AUGACAAAUGGAACAGAGGCGCGGAAAUGUGGCCCAGUGCGCAUCCCACGGCAAGCGAACGUCGUUUCGGAUGCUGAUGAGGAGGUGUUUUUGCUGUAUACUCAGUUAGCUGCACGCGCACCAGACGACGAAGCUAUGGGCUUCCGAGGGCUCGGACACGUCGAUUCUCAACAGGACACGCUCGCUAUCGACUUUGUCAUUGACGAACAAUCUGAAAGAGCUGCCACUGAGCCGGCUGUGUACCAGACCAGGUCGAGACGCUCUAUCAAGAAGAAAAGCAAGGUUCCGACAGCGUCCCGGGAACAUGUCAUCUCCAUCGAGCUCCUGCAGGACAAGACAGCUCUCCGCUCGCGCAAGGGGGAUACGGGGAGUGUUGUUUGGCGCGCAAGCGUUGAUUUCGCACAGUACGUUCUACGAAGCUAUCACACCCGGGCCCCGGAUGCGCUCUUGGAUGCAGAUUCGCUUUGCGCAGCACAUGUGCUUGAGCUGGGUGCUGGGACGGGCCUGCUCGGCAUAGCACUAUCGCCCAUCGUAGCGCGCUACACGCUCACAGACAUCGACGCCCUCAUCCCGUUAAUACAGAAGAACCUCGCGCACAAUCGCAGCCUACCGAGUUUAUCCCGCAACACCGUAGGCAAACGACGAUCUGCACAUGGUGCAGGCGGUUCCGCACCAAAGGACGAGGAGCACGCAAGCAUUUCUAUCGAAGCUUUGGACUGGGAGGCUUUGCGCCAUGCCUCACCGGCCCUGCGCAGGUCUACAUUCCAAUACCCGGCUAUCGACGUGCUGCUUGUCGUCGACUGCAUUUAUCACCCAUCACUGCUGCCCGCACUCCUUUCCACCAUUGAUUACCUGACAACUCCGGGCGUAACGUCUGUCCUCGUGGUCGUCGAGUUGAGGGCGGAAGAUGUUGUGAGGGAGUUCUUAGCAGGAUGGUUGAGACUAGAGUCGGACGGGAUAUGGCAGGUGUGGAGCGUUCCAGAGGUGCUAGAUGGUCCAUAUGCAGUUUGGGUUGGGUGGAAGACGCCUCGCCGCAAUGACAAUAGAUAG